AGAGACCUUAGGCGCCAAGCAAGGCGUGGCUCUCGCGGUGGUUCGGGUCAAGGAAGCCGGGGAGCUUCAAGAGCCACUCCCGUGGCGCCACACGAUGGGCGUGAAGGAGGUUUUUGUGUGAGAAUCUCCAAGUACCUCAAGGAGGCUAGGGCCUUGGGGUGUAAGUCCUUUGACGGCACCGGUGACAUUACCGUUGCCGCCGAUUGGAUAAAGAAGGUGAAGGAUGCGGCAAAGGACAUGCAAAUUUCACCGGACGUGAAGUUGAGUGUUGCUUCACGGCUGCUUGAGGGGAUAGCUUCCACGUGGUGGGAGAGUGUGGAAGGAAAAUACCAUGGGGAGGUCUCAUGGUUGAACUUUGAGCAGGAGUUUUAUGACCAAUACUACACUGACUAUGAGAAAAACGUCAAGCGUAGGGAGUACACCAACCUCAAACAGAAGGAGGGUGUGUCUGUUAAACAACUGGAGCAAGAUUUUAGAACCUUGGCUAGGUUCUUACCGGAGUACGCGAUCAAUGAGGACCGCAUGUUGGAGCACUUUUGGGAUGCCUUACUCUUGGACAUCCGUGAUCGGGCUACGUACUCACGCCACAUGACCUUUAGCGAGGUGGUGGAGCAGGGCCUUCUUGGGGAGGCUCAAUGGAAUGAGAGAAAAGAAAGAGACGCCGAGGAGGCGAAAAAGAGAAAAUGGCAUAAUUCGGGGCCGCCCGAGCAAGCACGGAAGAAUCACCACGGUGGGGGUGGGGGUACGUUCAAGGCGCCGGCACCACCGGCGAAGAAGAACAAGGAUGCUCGGUGGCACGCAUCCUCCUCUCAAAAUACGGGGCCUCCUAAGUGUGCCAACUGUUCAAAGAACCACUUCGGGAAGUGCAACGCACCCCCGAGGUGUUAUCGGUGUGGGAACACGGGCCACAUGAAGGCCAAUUGCCCACAAUUGGGGGGAGGAGGAGCUCCGGGAUCCGGAGGAGGAACCAUGACGGGAAGAAACCGUGCGGGCCCGUCAAACGGCGGUACGGGAAGAGGCAACGCAUCCACAAGUCAUGCCGCGUCCGUAAACCAAGGCGGGACCCAAGCACGAGUCUACGCGAUGACCGAGGCGGAUGCGAGAGCAAACCCGGACUCCGUUGCAGGUUGAAGCUAGGGCUUGCUACUUGCACCUUCUCACGGGUGGUAUCAAAUCAGGAAGACGUGGUUCGUGCUUCCUUAUUUUCUUUCAAACUACCGAACACUUGCUCAUGGAUAUUUGUUCUACUAUAAACUAUUUUUGGGGCUUGCAUGCCCAUGUUGUUGGCCGGUUGUGGCCUAUGACUUACCGUUGAAUAUUUUC